GUAUAAAAGGGUCUCUGAUUUGAGAGUUUAUCAGUACUCGUUGCUAUUAUCCUUUACCAAAAGAGAUCGAUCAUAGCUAGCUUGUUUGAGAGAAAGUUUGUUCAAAAUUAAUUAAGAGAAGAAGAUGACGACUAACCCUGCCCCAUUGAUCGUCUCUUUCGGAGAGAUGCUCAUUGAUUUUGUGCCUGAUGUUGCUGGAGUUUCAUUGGCAGAGUCUGCUGGCUUCAUCAAAGCACCUGGUGGCGCACCUGCUAAUGUUGCUUGUGCCAUCACCAAGCUUGGUGGAAAAUCUGCCUUCAUUGGCAAGGUUGGAGAUGAUGAGUUUGGCCACAUGCUAGUUGACAUCUUGAAGAAGAAUGGUGUGAACAGUGAAGGAGUGUGCUAUGAUCCACAUGCCAGAACUGCUUUGGCAUUUGUGACCCUGAAGAAAAAUGGAGAGAGGGAGUUCAUGUUCUAUAGAAACCCUAGUGCUGAUAUGCUACUGCAGGAAUCUGAGUUGAACAUGGGUCUCCUUAAGCAGGCCAAGGUAUUCCACUACGGAUCUAUAAGUUUGAUAUCUGAGCCAUGCAAAUCGGCUCACUUGACAGCCAUGAAAGCCGCCAGGGAAGCUGGGAUAUUGCUUUCUUAUGAUCCAAAUGUGAGGCUGCCUCUGUGGCCGUCUUCUGAUGCUGCUAGAGAUGGGAUCAAGAGCAUCUGGAAUGAAGCUGAUUUCAUCAAGGUUAGUGAUGAUGAGGUAUCAUUCCUGACACAAGGGGAUCCCCAAAAGGAAGAUGUGGUUCUGUCCCUCUGGCAUGAUCGCCUCAAGCUACUUGUUGUCACCGAUGGAGAAAAGGGUUGCAGAUACUUUACUAAGAGUUUCAAAGGAAGAGUGCCUGGGUUUUCAGUGAAGGUAGUUGAUACUACUGGAGCUGGUGAUGCUUUUGUUGGUUCACUCCUUCUUUCUGUUGCCAAGGACACUUCAAUUUUUGAUAAUGAAGAGAAACUGAGGGAGGCUUUGUCAUUUGCAAAUGCAUGUGGAGCCAUUUGCACAACUCAGAAAGGAGCAAUUCCAGCCCUUCCUUCUGGUUCUGAUGCUCUUGCACUUAUGAAGUCCAAGGCCAACUAGAUGUUACGUCCCUUAUUUUCUUGGGUCCAAAACUUUUGUCCAAGAGAUGCACUUAGUGUAUUUCUUCUUUUAAUUUUCGAUUUCUCUGCCGUUGCAGAUAAUCUCUGUUGACAGUUUUGUCUACAUCUUUAAAAGUUUAUGGUAUGCUGUUCUUAAUAAAUUUGUUUUGAUUCUCUAAA